AUGGGGAUAAUCAACGGUACGGGAAGCUAUUAUUACGGCAUCGGGGCAGGGAGGGGGAAUCGGCCGGUUGCUGCAGGCGGAUCGGCUGGUAACGGGGAUGACGCGCCGCAUCGGCGCGCUCUGAGUGUGGAUUUCCACCCGCCGCCUGUUUUCAUGCACUCCCCGCGCACGCCACCUUUCGGCGCGGACGGCGGCGAUUGCCCCUCCCCGCUCUUCUCCCCGCACCUCUCCCCGCGCAUGUCGCCCGCGCAUUCCCCUACGCGCCCGCCCCCCCAUCCUUGGGCGGCCAGCCCGCGCGACGAUUCCUCGACCGCCCAGGAAGCUUCCGCGUGUUAUCGCGCAGAGCAAGGAGCGCGGGACGAACCUUCCAUCUUGCAGGAGGAAGAGUUGCACGGCGCAGGCGCGGGCGCGGGCGCAGGGGGAGAACCGCAGGAGCAGCAGCAGCAGCAGCAGCAGCAGCAGCAGCAGCAGCAGCAGCAGCAGCAGCAGCAGCAGCAGCAGCAGCAGCAGCAGCAGCAGCAGCAGCAGCAGCAGCAGCAGAAGCAGCAGCAGCAGCCCCAGCUGCCCCCGGUUGCAGCGGCUAAUGGGAGUGCUGUGGGUGCUGCCGGCUCUUCACCUGCCUUCCCCUCCGCCCUUCACCACGCCUCAGCCUCUGCUACUGCUGCUGGUAGUCCUGUUGCCCCUACCCCUGUCCAUCCUGCAUCUACACCCCCAUCCGUGCACCACCGAUGCGCAUCCCUAGACGCCCACUCACAGCAGUUCUUCAAGACUCUUAGCACGUACAUCAGCCGAGGGCUUACAGGAGAGAUGGGGGAGGGCGCAGGGGGAGAGGGUGUAGGGGGGAGAGAGGGUGGGGGUAGUGGAUGGCAAGGUGGGGCGGUGACAGGGGCGGCAGGGGCGGCGGAGGUGGAUUCGGGGAAUGUGAGCUUCAAGGAUUUUAUUCUGCGCAUGCCGUACGAUAACGUGAAGAGGUUUUAUUCUGUGAGCGCCGCCCGGAUCGGGAGCGGGCGGUACGGCGUGAUUCGGCCGUGCACGCACCGAGCGACGGGAGUGAAGAUGGCGAUCAAGACUAUCAAGAAGGAGCACAUGAAGUGCAAGGAGGAUGUGGAGGACGUGCGAACGGAGGUGAUCAUUCUGGGGCUACUGCGGGAUCACCCGUGCAUCAUCAACCUGCAUGAUGCAUUCGAAGAUGACAAGUACGUGCAUUUAAUCAUGGAGCUGUGUGAAGGAGGCGACCUGUUUGACCGCAUCAAGCAGCGCGGGCAGUUCCCCGAGAGGGACGCCGCCCUGCUGUGCCGCGGGCUGGCAGAGGCGCUGCUGCAGUGCGGGCGGCGGGGCGUGCUGCACCGCGACGUGAAGCCGGAGAACAUCCUGCUACGGUCCAAAGAAUGCCACACGCGGAUCAAGUUGAUCGACUUCGGUGUAGCGGCUCUACACACGCCAGGUACCCUAAGGACAGACCGGGCUGGUACGGUGGAGUACACCGCACCAGAGGUGCUGGACCGAGCCUACGGCCCUGAAGCAGACAUCUGGAGCGCCGGAGUGGUGCUGUACAUUCUGCUCUGCGGUUUCCCGCCCUUUUGGGCGGCGACUGACGCUGACCUGGAGCGCAAGAUCCGGACGGCGCAUGUGGAUUUCCGGCACCCGAGAUGGGCGGCGAUCUCGGACGGCGCCAAAGAUUUGAUUCUGAUGAUGCUGGAGAAGGAUCCGAGGAAGAGGAUAACUGCGCUGGAGAUUUUUG